AUGAUCUCAGAUGACAGUAGUUAUGAAGAAACAAAGAUAAAUAAUGAAGGUAAUCAGGAUAAAAAUCAUUAAGAUAGCUUAGGCAUAAAAUAAAAAAGCUCAUAGUAAAGCAGGUCAUAUUUUUAAAAACCUUAAAUGUAAUAACAGAAAGAAAACUUGUAAGAAGUUAAUCCUUCAUUAUUUAGUACUCAAGUUGCUACAUAAAAAAUUCGAGUGUAAUUUGAAAGCAAAUUAGAACUUGGUUUAGAAUAAGAGAGCUUAAUUUAAUCUUAGAUAUAAGGAACACAAGAUGAUAUAGAAAUAUUUUAAAAGAAAAAUCAACAAAAUAAUCUACUUUAAAUAAAAGAUACUCUUGUGGAAUAAGCUGAAAAAUUUGCAUAAGAAUAAAAAAAUUAAUUGAAAUAAACAGAAAUUUGUUAAAAUUAAACAUUAUAAUAACAACUUGAAAGUUAAUUAAAUGAACUUCUUAAUGAAUUAGAGCUAACAGAUGCAAAACUAAUAACAGAAGAAAUAGAAGAUUUUUCAUAUAUAAUUUAAAGAUAAAUUAGUAGAAAUUAGAUAAAUAUGACUUAUGGAUCUAAAAUAAGACUUAAUAAGUUAAAUGAAGCACAAGUAAAAUACAAGGCAUUGCUAGAAUUGGAAGGAUAAAUUCUACUUGAUUCAAAUUAAGUGAAAUAAUAAUCGUUUGAUGUAGAAUAGAGUGUAUUACCUAAAGAACUAAAUUUAGAAGAUGAAAGCUGCAUUUAAUCCUAAGUUAAACUCUACUAAAAUUAAAGUUAAUAAUAAUUAUUAAAAAAAAAAUUGAAUGAUUUACUAUAAGAACUAGAUUUAGAAGAUGAAAGCUAAAUUUAAUCCUAGAUAAAACUUUAUUAAAAUUAAAAUUAAGUUUAAUUAUUAUAAUUUGAAGAAAAAUUGAAUGUAUUACCUUAAGAACUAGAUUUAGAAGAUGAAAGCUAAAUUUAAUCCUAAGUAAAAUUUUAUUAAAAUUAAGUUAAAUAAUAGUAAUUUGAAGAAAAAUUGAAUGUAUUACAAUAAGAACUAGAUUUAGACGACGAAAGCUUAAUUUAAUCAAAAGUUAAUCUUUAUUAAAUUGAAAAUUUUCAAAAUCAAAAUUUGUUAAAAAAUGCCUAUGGAUCCAAAACAAGACUUGAAAAGCUAAAAGAAGCACAAAGAAUCUAAAUAUUAUUAAAUAAUAAGAGUAAUGAAAACCAAAUUGAAUAACCUUAGCCUAAAAAUUCAAAUAAUAGUCAUAUAAAACUAAAGGAAAAUGAAUUUCAAAAUUCUGAUCUCCCUUAAAAUCAGCCUUUUGAUGUAAUAAAAUAGUAUAACUUAAGUGAUUUAAGAUAAGAUAUUUCUUUAAUCCCUGAGAGCAGUGAAAAAUACUUACUUGAAAUGAUAGAAAUUUGUUUAAAUAUAUAUAAAUAAGUAGAUACUCCUCAAACUGAUCCAGGAAACUCGUAACUUUUGACUUAGAAAGAAAAAAUAGAAAAACGUUUAAUUAUUGAAGAUUAAAAAACCCCUGAAAUAAGCUUACAUUUACAAAAUAUUUAAUAAAACAUAGAUCAAGAUAAUUUUAAAGGUAUUAUUGAUGAAACAGAUAUGCUUAUUAAAAAGGUAAGACCUUUAAAUAUUAAUGAAAUGAAAAGGUUGAUUCAUGAAGUAGAUAAGGCUGCACAAGCUGUAGAAGGAUAAGAUAUUAUUAUACUUUUAGGUGGAACAGGAGUAGGAAAAUCAACAACUAUUCAUUUUUUAGCUGGCUCAGAGAUGGCUGAGCGAAAAAUCGAAAUAGAAAAAGGAGUUUUUAAAAAUUACAUAGGUCCUGUUGAAAUAAAGAAUAAGACUCUUUAAAAAGUAAAAGUAGGAUAUUCAGCUACCUCUGAGACCCGUUUUAUUACACCUGUAAAUAUUAAUUUUAAAGACCUUAAUAUGGUUUCAAGUGAUUCAAUAAUUUUAUGUGAUUCACCUGGUUUUGAUGUUAUUUCAGGGCCAGAAGUAGAUAUAGCAAAUGGUUUAGGAAUUGUUAAAGUAAUCAAAAAAUGUAGGAGUGUGAGACCUGUAAUAUUGCUAAGUUUCGAGAGUUAGGGUGAUAGAGGUUAAGGUAUUAAACAAUUAGCUCACAUAUUGAUAGGAUUUGUUAACGAUAUUUAAGAUAAAAUUAGUUCAUUAUCUUAUCUAUUUUCAAAAUAUCCUAAAGAUUAUAAUAUAAAUUCUGAAUUAAUCAAUAUUAAGAAUAUUAUUGAUUAGAUUACAGAAGAAAAAUCUGAUGAAGCUUUUACUAUUCUAAUUGAUGACAUGAUUGAGAAAACUAAGAAAUCACGUAACAUAAUAGAUCCUCUUAAAGGAAAUCCAACAGAAAUUUUAAAUAACCUAAUGAAACAGGAAGGAAUUUAAGAUCCUAGUUAAGUUUUCAAAUUUUCUAUAACAAAUAAUUCUUAUUCUGCAAUAACAAACUAUAUUUUUAAAACAAAAUAAAUUAUCAUUUCUGCACUAAGUAGAAGUGAGUAUGAAUUAAUUAAUUUUAAGUUAGACGAACUAAAAUUUUUAAUAGAAAUCUUAAAUUUAGAAUCUAUAAAAAAAGUUUAUGAGGAUUGUGUAAAUUAUAUUAAGGAAGCUAUCAAAAAAGACUACGAAAAUGCUACUGAGUAGCUAAAUUAAUAAAUAGAAAACAAAUUUAUUUAAAAGUGUUCAUAAAUACAAAGCUUGAGAAACAAUCAUUUAAGUGCUAAUUUUAGUAAUUCUAACGAAUUAAUUGAUGAAUUAAAGCUUGCAGUUAAAAAAUUGGCUCAAGUUUUUGGCUAAGAAAACAUCAUUCAAUCUCCAGUAUUAGUGGAAGCAAACUUGUAAGAAGACAUUCCUAAUAAUAUCAUUAGAGUUGUUCCUUAAAAAGCUGAAGAGUAAUUUGAAAGUUAAUUAAAUUAGCUUCUUCAAGAAUUAGAACUAGAAGAUGCAAGACUAAGAACAAAAGAAAUAGAAGAAGUUAAAAUUCUAAUUGAAAAGUAAACUAGCAGAAAUUAGAUAAUCAAUGCUUCUAAUUCUUAAAAAAGACUUGAUAAGUUAAAUGACGCCAAAGCAAAAUACAAUGCAUUACUAAAAUUGAAAGGGGAAACUCAACUUUAUUAAAAUUAAGUUAAACAAUAAUAAUUAGAAGAAAAAUUGAAAGCUUUACUAAAAGAUCUAGAUUUAGAAGAUGCUAGCCUAAUUGAAUAUGAGAUUGAAGAUUUAUUAGAAGAUAUUGACAAGCAUAAAAAGAAAAAUCAACAAAGUCAAGUACUAGAAAAAAAAGAAACUCUUAAAAAACUGGAAGAUGCUCAAUAAGUUGCAUAAGAAUUAAAAGAUUUGAAGCAAUAAACUGAAGGUUUUUAAAAUUAAACUCAAUAAUAACAACUUGAAAUUUAAUUAAAUUAGCUUCUUCAAGAAUUAGAGCUAGAUGACGCAAGACAAAUAACAGAAGAAAUAGAAGAAGUUAAAAAUGAUAUUCAAAAGUUUACUAACAAAAAGUAGUUAAGCAAAGCUUCUGAAUCUAAAAUAAGACUUGAUAAGUUGAAUGAAGCCCAAGUAAAAUACAAGGCAUUGCUAGAAAUGAAAGGAGAAACUCAACUUGAUUAAAAUUAAGUUAAACAAUAAUAAUUAGAAGAAAAAUUGAAAGCUUUACUAAAAGAUCUAGAUUUAUAAAAUACUAGCCAAAUUGAAUCUGAGAUAAAAGAUUUAUUAGAAGAGAUUGACAAGCAUAAAAAGAAAAAUCAACAAAGUAAAGUACUAGAAAAAAAAGAAACUCUUAAAAAACUGGAAGAUGCUCAAUAAGUUGCAUAAGAAUUAAAAGAUUUGAAGUAAUAAAUUGAAGGUUCUUAAAACUAAACUCAAUAAUAAUAACUUGAAAUUUAACUAAAUUAGCUUCUUCAAGAAUUAGGACUAGAAGAUGCAAGACUAAUAGAAUAAGCCCGAGUAAAGUAAUUUCUACUUGAUUAAAAUCAAGUUAAAAAAUAAUAAUUAGAAGAAAAAUUGAAAGCUUUAUUGGAAGUACUAGAUUUAGAAGAUGAAAGUUAAAUUUAAGCUGAGAUCUAAGUCACUCUUGAUUAAAUUGAAAUUUGCCAAAAGAAAAAUUAACAAAAUAAAGUACUUAGAAAAAAGUAAACUCUUGAAAAACUAAAAGAAGCAGAACAAAUAGCAUAAGAAUUAAAAAUUAUAAAUAAAUAAACUACUUAUUAAUAAUAGCUUGAAAGUGAAUUAAGUUAAAUCUUUAUAGAUUUAGAUAUAAAUGAUGCAAAUUUAUUAUAAGAAGAAAUAAAUGAUGUUGAAAAUCAAAUUGAAAAAUAUAUGAGCAAAAAUUAGUUAAAAGAUACCAUUUAAUCAAAAAUAAGACUUGAAAAGUUGAAAAAAGCAUCAGCAAUACAUAAGGAAUUACUAGAAUUGAAAGGAGAAAUUCUACUUGAUUAAAAUUAAGUUAAAUAAUAAGACUUGAUAAAAGAAAAAUUGAAAGUUUUACUGAAAGAACUAGAUAUAGAAAAUGGAAGCUACAUUUAAUCUGAGAUCUAAGAAGCACUUGAUUUAAUUGAAAGUUAUCAAAAGAAAAAUAAACAAAAUAAAGCACUUUAAAAAAAGGAAACUCUUGAAAAACUGAGAGUAGCUGAACAAAUUGCAUAGGAAUUAAAUGAUUUGAAGUAAUAUAGCUAAAUGCCAUUCAAAAAUUUAGUGAAUUGA